GAUACAAAAGGCAGAAAACAAGUUGAAAAGGGCUUCAGAAAAACAUCUCUGUUCCUGCCUGAUGUCCAACAGAAAGACGAAAGGAGACAAUUUAUACUUUGCACCAGAUCCUUUUCUCCUCUGGGCAGAUGAGGACAGCUGGUCAAUUGCAGUGUGAUCUGUCCUCAGGCCCUUCUGCAUGAGAGGGGGGUCAAUCUGUCAGGACAGGUCCAGCCACGUCCCACAGGUCCCAUAGGCUAGUUUCAGUCUGUGACCUCUCUCAAAACAGGAGCUUUAACUAACUCAAAACAGAGAAACUUGAAGUACUUUUACUAUCGUAGAGCAGACCUGAUUGUAACACAUUUUUUUACAUAUUUUUCAGCUUACAACUUUUGUUUCAGUUUCUAAACUCUAGCAAGACUGCACUCAAUAUACUGAAAUCCUUUUAGACCUCACUCUAGAGAACACAGAGGUAUUUCAGAUUUAAAUCAUGUUAAUACAGUUUGGAAAUUUCAGAUAUUUAGGGACACAGAUAUAACUGCUCAUUAGUUUCACCCUAUGAGAACCACAUCAUAAAGGCUGAAGUCUGAGAUUAGAGCCUGUGAUCAGAGUGAGAGAUCCCCAUCCUGUGGUAAAUCUGAGAAAUACCAUCACUCCGCAUCAGCUGCAAUCAUCUUUUCAUGAAAUAAGUUUUGCUGCUGUUGUCCUGUUUUAACCAUUGUCUUUGGAUUCUGUCCCAUCUGCUCAGAGCACGUUGGUCAACUCUGAUGGGAUUUUAGUUGUCUGCUAGUCAGUCUUAACGAUUAAUUAGAUUCCUCUGGCUUAAGCAGCUUAUGAUUAACAUUUUCUACAUUUACAAUUGGACUAAUGACUUAUUUGUGGACCAAAUACAAAACACUGUGCAUGGUUUCUGUGUUUUAAAAAGAGAUUUUUGCAUGAAUGCAUAUUUAUUUAUUCUUUCAACAGAAGAGAAGGUGUGGUUGUUGCUGUAAUUGUUCUAAUUACUGAUGUAAAUGUUAAAAGAUCAGAAGUUUUCUCCUCCAUGAUUUUCUGUUUAUGUUCACAUGUAUUUUUCAGAUAUGAUUUGUGCCAUUACAUUGUGGGUCUGGUCUAUCAGAGAGAGUUUAUCAGAAAGCACGGGGAAUCUACUUAUUUUCCAAAGUAAAGGCAUAGCAGGAAAAAAAUGCCAUGAAACUCAAGAAAUUCUUGAAAAUCUUUUUAGUUUUGCCAAUUAAAAAAACAGGUGUAAGUACCAGGUAGUAUGUAAAUCACUAGUGUUGUGCUGAAAGAUGAAAAUGGCCAGUGCGGUAAGUAAUCCUCCCCAUAAAGCUGUUGUAAGUGGGAUGAGCUAAGCACAGGAGCUGAACACAGAGUGUCUCUGUGAAGACUCCUCCUCUCAGUUUUAUGUCAUCACGACAAUAUGUAGGAUGGAAGUGGGUACAGCACCAGGAGGAAAAGUGUGACCUCGCAGCUGCUCUGACAGUGGGAGUGUUGGAGGAAGUCAGACCUCGGCCACAAGAAGUCUCAGAGCUGUCACAUAAACGGACCAAAACGUGGAUACAUCUACACUUACAGAUGACUGAUUAUUAUCCUUUAUGAUGUAGCCAAAGGACACAACGCCAUCUCACCUGUUCUGCUGUUGGAGGAUGGCCACCGCAGCAGAGGACCCCCACCUGGGCUCAGGCCCCGAUGAUGUGUCUCUCUCAGGGAGUGAGUCCGAUUCAGACAGCAUCCUCUCCGAUGACUCUGUGCUUCCAGACUACAGGCCGGAGGUAACAAAUGGGCGUGAGGCGUUACCACUGUAUCAAGCAUGUGUCCGUAACGAACCGGCCUCUCUGCGGAAAGUUCUGGAGAGAGGGGUCACAAAAGAAGAGGUCAUGGAGCUGGACAUCAAUGGCUGGAAUGGCCUGAUGGUGGCUUGCUGCAAAGGUUUCCUGGAAAUCAUACAUGGGCUUCACAAAUGUCCCUUUAUAGACAUAAACCACCAAGACAAUGAAGGCAACACUGCACUGAUGAUUGCAUCCCAAGCAGGUCAUAUCAGCACAGUCAUGUAUCUCCUGAACUACUACCCUGGUAUAGACACUGAAAUAAAGGAUUGUCGUGGUUUCACAGCCCUAAUCAAAGCUGCUAUGACCGGCCGCGAUGACGUCGUGGCUGCCCUCGUUAUGGCUGGGGCUGACAUUAACGCAGUUGACUCCACAAAAGGAAAAUGUGCUCGGGACUGGGCACUGAAAACAGGUCGCUAUGAGACUCUGUAUCGCCUCCGCCGCCUGAAUUUGCGUCCGAAAGCUGAGCAGUUCUGUGAGAGUUAUGUCCCUGAGUGGCCUGAGCUCAAGGAGAGAGUAGCCAAGGCCACAGCUGAGAAGAGCGCCAGGGAAAAAAUUACCCAGCAGAUAAAAAACACCUUUGGAUUCAGAUUACCUCGUGACCCACAGGACAACGGGGUUCUGGACCACAUGGUGCGCAUAACCACCAGCGUCCACAGUCCCCUAAUUUCAACUGGAUGUCGUCCACUCUGCCCUACUAGCCCUCCACAGGUGGGGAAGAGGCGGCUUGCUGUACCAGAGCUGGUGAAGAAACACCCAGAGAAGGAUCUAGAGGAGGGGUCAGUGUGCCACAGCAAUGGCUCCAUAUCACACAUCAUUCCCUCAAUCCACUCUGCAGAGUCAGUUACUACAACGUGCUGUGCCGACACCGAGCGGCGAGGCAGCAUCCUCUCAAUGGCCUCCACCAAAGUUGCUACCACAUUUAUUCCCCGGAGCAUGGCAAGAAGGAACAGUGUGUUCCCCUCUGGCUGCAUCCCCCAGAUCAGCGUCUGCAGGCCACUAGAGGCAACGCCAAAGAAAGAAAAGAAGAAGAAGAAGGAAAAGGGCUUCCUGGAACCACCCAAGUGGAAAUACAAGGAGAUCAAGGAUGAGAAAAAGAAGGAGAAGAAGAAGGCUGAGAAAGAAAAGGCAGAGAAAGAAAAGAAGGAGAAAAAAAAGGAAAAAGACAAGAAGAAGACCAAAAAAUAGGAGUCUAAAUAAAAAAAGGCUCCUCUGCUGUACGAAUCAUCCCUUUGGAGAACAAUGUGUUUUUUAAGAUGUGAUCAACUCAGGGCUUGAAACUGAAACCAAAUAUCCUGGAAGCAUUUAGUAAAUACUGAACCAAUAACCUUGAGAGGAAAUGGGUACGAGAGGAGAUUUUUUUUUUCUUUCCAACAGUGACUGACAAAGGGCCUCAAACAAGAACUGCAAAGACUCUUCAGGAGGAGUUUAAAGCUUUAAGUCUGUCAUAUUACAUACAUUUUGAGUUAGGAUAGAAAAUAAAGUUUAUUUUUAUCAUCAAUAUAUUUGAAAUUUAUAGAAUCAAAAAAACAACAAGAGUGAUUAUAAUAAAAUGCAUAAACCCAUGUUUACUGAAUCAGUCUCACAGGUGCUGAAGCAUUUAUAGUAGCUACCUCAUCAUUCAUAUAAAAUACAGAUGCAGAUACAUACUGUAUGAAUCCAUUCCCUAUGCAAGUAUGUGAGAUGGAAAUAUAGAAAUAUAUAGCUUUGUUAUAGCUCAUUCGUAUUAUUAUUACUAUAUACUGUUGUUUACUCUGUUAAAUUUGUUGUAAAUAAUCAGCCAAAAUCAGCAAUAUACUGUGCAGCAUGUAGCUAACAUGCAUCAACAUGAAGGAUCUUUUUAAUCCUCUAUUUCAGUUUGCCAUUUUCUGAUAUUGCCAACAUGUUCAUAUGAUACAUCCUGCUUUUAUUAACUCUGUGAGUGCAUGGAUUCAGCUUACUUGAAAUUACUAAUAAAUAUAGGACAGUGAAAAAUUUGUCCAUUU